CUUCUUGUAGAGCAGGUUCUCUUCUAUCUCUUUAAAAGUCCGCUAGACACCGUACUGUGAGGCAGCCUUGUCGUCCACUUGGAGAUGGCAUACUCACCGUCGCCAACGCCGCCCCUUACGGGUCCUGACGCUUCCCUCUACCCACACCGUCGCUCACCUACUCCUCCAGCGCAGCCUCUGUCGAAAAGAGACAAACGAAGAAAUCAACAUGUUGCUCACCAGCAGGAGCUCUACAAUGAUCUUGCUUCCAACCGUGAACAGCACUAUCGCGAACAGCUCAUUGCCCUCCAGACUGACAUGAGCCUCAUUUCCCAAGCUGAUCCCUAUGACCCUGAACCUCUUGAGGACUCACCAGAAGAGAUUGCAAGAAUCGCAGAGUUGGCUGCAUCUGGAACACCAUAUCAGUCACAAAUGUCGUCAUUGGCUGGCAAAUGGUAUGCCGAAUUCGUCCACGAGGUCAAUGAUGCCAAAGAAGCAAAAGAGCUGGCUCUAAUACAACUCAUGAACAAUCAUAAUGCACGCUUGGAAAGGCUAAAAUACGAAUGCGACUACCGGCUGCACCUUGCAGCUGAGGAGUGCGAACACAUGACCUCGACUCUUCGUGAACGGCUUUUUCAGUCGCUCUCGAACAAGAGACAGCGGCUGAUGAAAGAGAAAGAGCAGCUCGAUAUUGCCGAUACCAACGCCCUUCUUCUUCACCCCAGUCAGUUCAGCAUUACCAACCCUGCAAGUCCCGGAGGAAACCACACAAGUCGUAAGACAAGGUUUACAAGACAUCGAGAGCAAGAAGAUUUGAAUGGAGUUGAGAUGAACAAACGAAAGCGCAAGCUUGCAGACGAAGAUGUUGGUUCGCCCUCACGGAACGGGUUGUCUACUCCUGCGGAUCGCAGCCGGGGAGCAAUGUCAAACCAAACCGCGCCCCUCUACUCCAUCCACUCCUUGUUCACCGACAAAGAACUCAACUUUCAGUCUCAUCAAGCGCAGAUUGCAGCUCGCCACUUCUUCACCACGUCACGUAAAGAAGGCGAGACAAGCAAUACGAGGAGGCGGGGCAAGUACGAAGAUGAUAAGCGAGCUGGUUCUGUAGACAGUAGAUCGUCAGAUGAGGAAGAGCUUGAAGCACCAGAAAUGGAUCGAUCAGCCAGCCAGAACGUGCACAUCACGCGCUCGACCAGAACAAUUGGUGGUAUGAGUGGCUUGAAUGCGCUCAGCGACCUGGCUGAGAAAGCCGCGACCCGUCCAGCGUUGCCUUAUGCCACACUUCAUACACAUCAGGGCAGACAAGGGACAUUCCUGCCGCAGCCGAGUCGUCUGCUGGCCGAGGAACUUGAGGAAGAUUUGUUGAAGUUUGCACAAAUUGAGUCUCAACCCCGGGGUCAAGUGGACAAGAAAGCUAUCGAAGAAGCACUCAAACCUCUCUCCGAGUCACGAAGCAACUUGGCACCAGACUGGCCAGUGUAUCUGGAUGUUCAUUUGGUGGAUGUAGACCCAAGGAAGACGGCGGGAGUUUCAUGAGGCUGAAGUGAACUGCAUCGGGUGACAAGCGACGAACUGCCACGAUAUACGGUGUACAAUUGUGGUCGGAGCUCAGAAUAGCUUGGAGUAUGGAGUAUUGCCGAUUUGCCGGCAGAACCAGAUCACAGUGGGACAUUUCCUUUCGAGGGGCUUUACAGAUGGCCAGUAGGCUUGCAUUGGAUCGUUGGCUCAAGGAGGAAAGAUGCCGGUGUUUCCCAAGCGAUCACAUGGAUCAACAGCUCAGACCGAUGUACUUGUACAAGGAUCACGAAGGAUACUUCAAACUCGUACGGAGCUACUCGUAGUGUAUUAGUAGUAGGUCUUUCUGGUGGACGUCACACGGUGUCAUCGAGAUCGACA